AAAUUGUAUUUUGUUCAGUUUCUUCUUAAAGAAUUUAUAGAGAUAAUGUUUUAAUCAUUGAAUGCGGCAUGCAUUUUGAGACAGUUCAAUGUGUGUUGCCUGUAGCAAGUAGACUGAGAGUUGCUCCCCUUGAGAAAUCAAUAUAGCCAUGAUACACCUAUUUGAUAUAUCUAGUGCAGGUAAACAUAUAGUUUGUUAUAUCUUGCCAGUUUUCCUACAGGCAACAUGUAUUGGGAGUUUCAUUACUCAACAGUUAUACACAAUUACCACAGUUUGAUUUAAAGUAGAAUAUUAACAGAGUAACAAAAUGCUUGGUUGUAUUUAUACUGUGUGAACCUAGGAGUAAGUGGGGCGUACUGUUCUGCCAAGUUAUUAUUUAAGUAAUUUAAUGUAAUUGUGGUGUUUUUAAGUUACUAAGGACAGGCAGAUUUAUCAGGUCACGGGUAACUUAUUGACAAGGUAUGAUGUUGCAAGGUAAUAUAACUGCAGAACAGGAUUACGUGACGUUAACAAGAUAACACAAAAGUUAGAUUUUAUGUUGGUGAAUUGUGGUAAUAGGAAAUUGUGUGGAGUAAAUUUUCAUAUUCAUAAUUAUAAAUAACUUUACAUCUGGUGUACAGUACGGUUUAAAUAUUGGCGAAACGUGUUGUUGUGUAAAGUGUGUUGGGAGAUGUAUUGAUAGUGGGAAUUUGUUUUCCUCUGUAAGUCUUAAGGAAAAUGGAAAAUUCGAUGGAAUGGUUGUCCAAUGAUGUGUGCGAGGGGUUUGCCAAUUGUGGCAUUAGUGUUGAUGGUGGUAGUAAUGAUGUUACGCAGUCUUUCUCUGACAAAACACAAACAAACGUGAAAACUAAUUUGUAUGAAAGUGCCGGACAUGAUAGGGAUUUUCCGAAUUCUGAUUUCUCUGGGAAUGGGAUAAUUUGUGGUGAUCAGAUGAAAGCGGGGCAGUGUAAUUUUGAUUACGGCUCUAAAGCUGUAGACUCCGACCAGACGAGACUCUCUCAAGGUCUUAUUUCCAAGCCGAAAUAUGAAGUUGCUGAUUCAAGUAUGGCUGAACUGUCAAAUGGAAAGAAAAGGGAACAAAAAAGACGGCCAAAGCCGAAGGAUGGCUCUGUAUUAAUAUGUCAGAUAUGUGGAGACAGAGCACUUGGCUACAAUUUUGAUGCGAUAACAUGUGAAUCAUGUAAAGCCUUCUUUAGAAGAAAUGCUCUCAAGGCAAAGGUUUUUACCUGCAGUUUUGAAGGAAACUGCAAACUCGACCAACAUACUCGAAAGUUUUGCUCAGGAUGUCGACUGAAGAAAUGUUUUGAUGUUGGAAUGAAAAAGGACUGGAUCCUCAGUGAUGAUCAGUUGGCUAAACGGCGUAAAAAGAGUGGACGGACAUCAUCGUCGGAGGAGAAAAUGUACGCCGAUGAGAAAAUGUACGCUGAUGAGAAAAUGUACGCUGACGUCCAAAAAUAUUCAGUACAAAAUGAACAGACCGGCUUGCCACAGCAGAUGACGACCCGACUCCCAUAUUUACCACCACAUAAAAUGGAGUCCUCAUUUCAGUCACCGGGUAGCUACAACGACACUGACACAAACUCGACCGCCUACUUCUCUGACUCGACUGAUACAAGUAAUUUGAGUAGUCCGCUCACGAAUUUUGCCCAAGACAUUAUAAAAACUGAAAAAAGUGAAGAUGAUUACACGAGACCUAUGGAUCUGGAGUUGGAGGCAGAAAUUCGGCAGUUGGAAAAAGAAUAUGCGUCAGUGUUCGAUAGUGGUUACUCGGAAGAUCAGGCUAAAAAAAUGGUUGAAAAGCCGCAUAAUGCUAAUGACUUGUUCAACAUGACAGAUAUUUUUAUACGGCGCUUGAUAAAAUUUGCCAAGCAAAUUCCCGAGUUCAAGAACUUGAAGCAGGAAGAUCAGAUUCAUUUAUUAAAGGGAGGUAUUAUGGAAAUCUUGGUGUUAAGGUCUGCAAUGGGAUUUGACCCGACAAAUCACAAGUGGAAGGUAAAACAAAUGCAGGAUACAAAAGAGCAUAAUAUCGAUCCAUCAAUUAUAAAGGAGCAGCUUGGUACGGGUAUGUAUACAGAGCACGUGAAAUUUGUGAAAACUCUUCACCAACUCACGAUGAGCAACAACACUAUAAUGACACUGAUGUUUGUGAUCGAGAUAUUCGCACCGGAUCGACCGAACGUGAAAAACUUAGAGGCCGUUACACAGGCUCAGGAUAAAUUUACUCAUUGGCUACAGAUGUAUUUAGAAUCCAUUAUGCCUGUUUGCGAAGCACGCACUUUGUACCCGAAGCUCUUGAUGAUGCUUUUGGAUGUGAGGAACCUUGGCGAGUCUAGUGCCAAGCUUGCUUCUCAUUUAGACAUUACAAAACUAGAGCCGUUACUCAUUGAAGUGUUUAAUUUGCAGAAAUGACGCUAGAUAUAAUGGUUCAGAAAUGAUAAACUUUCACAACAGAAAGUUUGAAAACGCAAUGGAGUCACAUGGGUUUGAAAAUGUGACAGUAUCGAUUGAUCUCUUAUCAGACAUUUGAAAUUUUCCAGAGUUUGAACUUUUACCAAGGUGUUUUCAUAAUUAUGGAUAUUGUUAUUUUAUUAGUUCCCUUUUUUUUCAUAUGAAAAAUGGUGGAGUUAUUGUCAUGACCCAUGUGUUGGCAUUAGUUAACUUUUUUGUUAAUGUCCCAUAAUUUCCCAGAAACUUUCAAAGCUUGUCACUUUCUAUUUGGUAUACAUUUUCACUUUCAGAAUGGUAUGUCAUUUCUUAAAGACAAUUAAUCUGAAAAUUAGCUUAUGCCAACUUGUGCCCGAUUAUUUGACUGCUUUAAGUAUACUCUCUACAACUAAGAAAAGUUUAAAGGGUCUAAGGACAGGUCUUGUGUUAAAUUUAUCAUUUCUCAUACAUUUGAAACUUGUCAGAUUUAAAAUUACCUCAGUUAGUUAAUCAGGUAGAUGUGAAGUUGUUUUGGAGGGAGAUACUCCAUUUAUGAUAUAGGAAUCUUCUUGCUGAUUUACCAUGAGGGUAAAACUUAUAUUAAUGGACUUUGAAAUGUUUUCUCAAGAACAAUAACAACCCCUAUUUGAAAACUGAGCCUCUUAAUUAAUUAAUAUUUUCCUUUCAGAUUUCAAAUGCAUGACCAGAUAGCUGCAUACAAUUAUUAAGACACAGACCUACAUUCAUGAUAGCAUACCUGCAUAUGUACAUACAUACCUGCAUAUCUGCAUACUUUCGUGCAUUACUGCAUACGUACAUACUUUCUUACUUACAUACUUACCUGCAUACAGACAUACAAUUUAGAUACUAUAUUUAUGAAUGUAGGCUUACACUGUCAUGAAUACAAUGCCAUUGCUUAAAAUGCCAUAAAAAUAUCAUAUAAAUAAUGAAGGCAUAUGGUUCCAAGAACCGCACAGAAAACUUGUAUCAUAUUAUUGCAUUAUGUUUACUAA